GUGGAAACUGCCACUCAAGACCAGUACCGAACUUUGUAGAAGAAUGCGCUCUCUCGAAACAAUUCUACUACAAAGUAGAUUUACAUGUAUGUGUCAAAGUGUCCGUAGGAUUCUGUAUGAAAAUCGAUGAAGGAUUUGGAACUGCAGAAGAAUGUAAUGAGCAGUGUAGUGACUAUGAUACAACAUGCACGCUGGAUGUAGAUAAUGGCUUUGGACCGAGCAACCAAGAUCGUUUCUACUACGAUCAACAUCAGGGAACAUGCGUUGAAUUUAGUUUUUAUGGUGCCGGUGGGAAUGAAAACAAUUUUAAAUCCAGGGAUGAGUGUUUAAAAAUAUGUCCAG